CAAAUCGACCAGAGCCCAGGACCACAGCCAGCAGAAAAUGUUUUCCUCAUUCUGAAGCAGAGGGCUUGCAGUCUUUGGCGGAGCUUGGAGACGAGGAUGGAUUUCUGAGGGACGAGAACGAGUGGAGAAGACAAAACCUCAGUUUGCUAGCGAACCCCCGCAGAAAAACCAACAGGACCACGCCUCGGCGAUGCUACGCAUUUCUCCUUCUUUGGACAUUUCCUCCCUCCUCAUUGUUGACGCAGAGAAGGUUGAGUCAGAUCUCGAGUUGCUUUUAACAGAGAGGGUCUGUGAAGAGAUACGAUCAUACAGAAGCGGGGCAAUACGGACGGCCGUCUUUUUGGAUUUUCGGAUGCUAAGCCGAAGAAACGCGCGAGUUGCGAAGACGCGCUCUUUUUCGCCUCCGACCAAUCUAGAAAAACACACAGAGACCGUGUUCGCCAACAGAGGCUUGGCGAGAAAUCCACUUCCCUCGCAAACUAAAAAGCUGCCUACUCGCUGUACAUACACUCCACCUGUGAAGAAGACGGUGUGUCUGCGAACAGUACGGCGAUGACUGUCAACGGAGUUCCCCUCUUUGGUCAGAAGACUAUAUCCUGGUUUCUGCUACGAGCUUGUUUUUGACUUUUCCGAACUGGAACUUCUCAACAAACAUAUCUACGUACAUCACGCAUACCUAUCAAUAUGUGUCC